AUGAGAAUGUUGCCUUCCCUUUGGUUCAGAAUCCAUGCUGAUAUUGGGGAUUAUCUAAUUCAGCGGGGAGCUAAUGGUGUACCUGUCUUGUACUGGUAUCACAGGCAAUUCAUCGAGGUAUAAUGCGUGUGCGGUUGUGAGUAGUACGAUUUUUUUAUUGGGUUGCCUGUGGCAAAGUCCAAAAAAAAAAAAAAAAAGUUUUGAGCAGCGUGUGUGUCGAAAAAAAGGCAAAACGGCGGACGUCUAAUCGCAAUGGGACGACAACUUGACUUUUCGGGGAAGAGGAUAGUCAUUUCAGAUAAAUACAAACAGACAUGGAACGAAAUUUAUCCUAGAGUGUCAUACAACUUGAAAUAACAAUACAUCUCUUUCUCCAAGUAGCUAUACACUCAAGCCGGAAAAAGUGUAAUUAUAAUCACAAUUUGAAAGCUAUUUAAUAGGCUAGUGCAUCGCGCAGCUGGCAGACCAAUGUACCUCCAUUAUGUACCCCAUCUUAAAAAGCGACGCAUUUCAAACACGUUUUUUGUUAUUAAUUGAGAAUAAAAACGAGCGAGAAAAGUUUAGCAGAAUGUUUUGAUGUCACCAUUACGUCAUUGCCAAGUGAAAAAAUAUAGGGGUAAAAGGGUAAAAUAAAACAAAAGGUUAUGUAUUUGCACGUGUAAAUGGGAGGUGCAUUAAAGAAAUAGACUUGUUCGGGGGUCUUUAGACGGGGCUUCCUCGUUAUGAAAAGGAUCUCAUAAAUUAAGAAGCCAAGUUUGAAUACACAAUCGAACUCAUUCCGACUGUUUUUUCUUUAUAUACUUUCCCUUUACAUGUGAAAAUAUGUUACCUUCGUUUUUUUUAAUCACUUCAAACUGUAUACUAGUCCAGAUAAUUUUGGUUUAUUUUGCCAAUUAAGGAUGAUGUCAUGGCUACACUGAAACGCCGUGCAAACUUUUUUCGCAGUCAUUUAUAUUUAUAAUUAUUCUUUAAUGUUUAAAGAAAACUUCUCUUCAGACCGUUUUAGAAUAUAUGGAAUUCCGCUGAGUAUUAUCGCAGUUUUUCACUCUUUAAUGUGCUGCUUAUAUUUAGGGGGCAAAAGAUCGUUAUGUUCGAGGUGAACAGGAGCAAUUUAUUCCCUGCAACAUGAGCGACUAUUUUCUUGGAAAUUGGGCUGACGGAAAUAAGAAACCUUUCGUUAAUAAAAACGGCGAAAGAAUUCACAUGGAUAGUCUUGUCGCAAAACAGCCUCUAAGUUUUCAAAUAAACCAAGAACAAGCAAUUUUCAACUAUCGAAAAUUGACUGGACUGCCACAUCAUUUGUUUUGCUCUGCAUAG